AUUUUAAAUGAUAAUGCGAGCUUCGAAUUAUUCAAAUUCUGUUAAUAUAAAUAACAACCUGAAAUUAUCCAAACAAUUAAAAAAUAAUGAUUUUAUUAAGUCUGUACAACGAAGAGCAUUAGGUGAUAUAAGCAACAUCGGCUUAUCACAUAUACAACAAAAACCCACCAAUGAAUCUAAACAUAUUUUUAAUAACGAUGAAAAUUUGAAAUUUAAAAAUUAUAAACAUUCAUCAAAUCAAAAAUUAGAUCCAGAAGAUGAUGAUAGUGCUGAUGAUAUUGAAAAUUUUCCUAAUAAUGAAAUAUAUGAUGAUUAUGAAGACAUAUUACCACAUAAUGAGAAACCUAGUAAUUUUGAUUUUAAGCUAGAAUUUGAUAUUAUUGACUAUUUUGAUGGAUCUUAUAUGCUUGAUUAUAAUGAUGAUAUAAUUGAUGAAUUUUUAACCCAGGAAAUACCUAUAUAUUCAUUGCCACUUACGCAACUUGAAGAACUUUCUUUAGUUCCCAUUCCUGAAGAAACAGAUUUAUCAUCAUAAUAUUUAAUACUAUAGUACCCAUUUUUCUGUAUAUAUUAUAUAAUUAUGAUUUUUUUAAAUUUAAAUAUUAAAAGUUUUUUAAAGAUGCCAUAAUUACAAAUAAAAUAAAUAUCAUCCUUGCUAUAAAAGUCUCAUUGAGUAUUUUCUUCAUUUGGAGUGGUUCAUAUCAAAAUCAUCUGGCAAUUGAAAAGAUAGGAAGAGUAGUCUUCAAACAAUUUUUCAAUUAUGAGAACAUACAUAUUAAUUCUGAUUUUUAAAAUAUUUGAAGUUAGUGUACCACUUAUAG